AUGGCGUCGCCCUAUGGCGCGACCGCCUCGCCGUACGGCGCAGCUGGCGGCGCGUACGGCUCGUCGCCGUACUCGCGGUACGGCUCGAGCUACGGCACGGGCUACGGCUCCGGGUACGGCGGCAUGAGCUCGAUGUACGGCGGCGGCGGGUACGGCGGCAUGAGCUCGAUGUACGGCGGCGGGUACGGCGGUGGGUACGCCGGCAUGGGCGGCAUGGGCGGCGGCAUGUACGGCGGCGGCAUGGGCGGCAUGCCCGGCAUGUACGGCAUGCCCGGCGCCGACAUGUCGCUCUCGCAGCGCAUGGAGCACGGCACGGCCGCCACGUUCCAGAUCCUCCAGUCGCUCGUCGGCGCUGUCGGCGGGUUCGCCCAGAUGCUCGAGUCGACCUUCAUGGCGACCCACUCGUCCUUCUUUGCCAUGAUCGGCGUCGCCGAGCAGUUUGGCCACCUGCGCAACUACCUCGGCCAGGUCCUGAGCGUCUUUGCCCUCCUGCGGUGGUGCAAGAGCCUCCUGUACCGCCUCGUCGGCCGCACCCCGCCCGGCGACGCCAUUUCGGCCGACGGCUUCCGCGCGUUCGAGGCCGGCGGCGGCUCGGCCAAGGGCCCCAACGGCAACGGCGCGGCGGGCGCAGCGGCGCCCAAGAUGUCGAAGCGGCCCCUCGUCGUCUUCUUCCUCACCGUGAUCGGCCUCCCCUGGCUCAUGAACCGCCUCGUGCGCCUCAUCACGGCGCGCCAGGAGGCCGAGGCGCAGCGCCUCGCCGCGUCGGGCCAGCUCCCGCCCCAGCCCCACCAGCUCACGUUCGUGCGCGCCCUGUACGCCUACACGCCCCCGCCCGAGUCGGCCGACAAGGAGCUGGCGUUCAACAAGGACGACAUCAUGGCCAUCCUCGCCCCGAGCCGCGACGAGCGCGCGCUCCAGGCCAAGGAGGCAAAGGUCGAGGGCGGCGGCGCCGUCACGGGCACGUGGUGGAUGGGCCGCAAGAGGGACGGCACGACGGGCUGGUUCCCGAGCACUUAUGUGCGCGAGCUGCCCAUGAACGGCGCUGGGGUGAGUGCGACGACGACGUCGACGGCGGCGGCGGUCGGGACGAAGACGGUUGAGGGCGAGGUGGCCAAGAAGGAGGUCGCUGCUUAGUCUGGCGGAUCGGUCUGUUGUAACGCAUUUGCAGUC